AACCGCAAUGUAAAUGGGGCGCUCAGUCCAUCUCAGUAGUGGUCCAAGAUACAAUAUGGGUUGACUCAUAACGCUUCUCGCCUAUAUAUAGGCUUGAGGCUAUCAAAAGGGCAGCAUUGUUCAAUCAGGAAACGACACCGUCAGGCGACAACCUUUCUUCUCUUCCUACAUCUUAGGCGCGGAUACUUGGCAUAUCUUGUUCCCAACCCAGCAGCAGACGACAAGUCCCGACAACAUGGGGUCUACCAGCGAGAGUGCCUUUAGGUACUAUGGCAAGCAACUCCCGGAAUGGGCUAUGGCGCCUUACCCGAAGCGCCAGUUUGGCAAGGACGUGGCCAGGGAGUUCUUGAUGGACCCAGAGUACCGGAAUCUCAACAAUGGAUCAUUCGGCACCAUCCCCAGGGCGAUCCGGGACCUCCAGCGUUAUUACCAGGACCAGGCCGAGGGGCGCCCGGAUCCCUUCAUCCGAUACGACUGGCCGGCACUGCUGGAGGAGUCGCGCGCCGCCGUGGCGCCGCUGCUGGGAGUCGACAAGGAGACUGUCGUCUUCGUCAGCAACGCUACCAUGGCCUUCAACACCAUCAUGCGUAACCUCGUCUGGUCUGACGACGGGGGCGACGACAUCCUGUACUUCAGCACCAUCUACGGCGCGUGCGAGAAGACGAUACAGUACGUCGGCGAGCUGUCCAAGGGCCUCUGCUCGUCCCGCCGCAUCCAGCUCGACUACCCCCUGGGCGACGCGGACGUGGUCGCCCUCUUCGAGGCGGCCGUCAAGCAGAGCCGCGCCGAGGGCCGCCGCCCGCGCGCCGCCGUCAUAGACGUGGUGUCGUCCAUCCCGGGCGUCCGCUUCCCCUUCGAGAAGCUCGUCAACGUCUGUCGGAAGGAGGGGAUCUUGUCCAUCGUCGACGGCGCGCAGGGCAUCGGGCUGGUAGACCUGACGCACGUCGGCACCGAGGUCAAGCCCGACUUCUUCCUGAGCAACUGCCACAAGUGGCUGUUCGUGCCGCGUGGCUGCGCCGUGCUGCACGUGCCGGCGCACAACCACAAGCUGAUGCGCUCGACGCUCCCGACUAGCUGGACCUUUGAUCCCGCGGGCGGCACGGCCGACUUUGGCACCAGCUUCAACUUCGUCGGAACGCAGGAUAACACUAAUUACACCUGCGUCAAGGAGAGCAUCCGCUGGAGGAAGGAGGUGCUGGGCGGAGAGGAGGCCAUCCUGAGCUACGUGACUAAGCUCGCCCAAGAGGGCGGGCGCAAGGCUGCGGAGAUCUUGGGAACCGAGGUGCUUGAGAACAGCGAGGGCACCUUGACGGGCUGUGGGAUGGUCAACGUGGGACUGCCGGUGGGCGUCGUCGGCGGCGGAGCGUCGCCGCCAGCCCGGAUCCUCGUUCCGGCGGACGAGGCUGGCGGCCUGGCCGAGUGGAUGCAACAGGCCCUAAUGGACGACUACAAGACCUUCCUCCCUGUCGCGCUCUACAAUGGGCACUUCUGGGCCAGGAUGUCGGCGCAGGUUUACCUUGAGCUGGACGACUUUGAGUCUGUGGCCAAGGACCUGCUCGAGCUCUGCGAACGGGUAGGGAAAGGAGAGCACAAAGCGGGCGGGCAUACCGCGGGUGAGGGUAGCCUGGACGCGCUUAUCCAGAAGAUGCACAUUGCUAGGGCAUCGGAUUGAGAGUGAGUCACGAGAUUGGGAGGGCGUGGCUGGCCGUGGAUUGUUUCGCUAGCAGACAUGCGCAGCUCGAUCGAUAGACAGAAACCUGGGGAGGUGUUUCCAUUGCAAAAUCAUUUUAUCAAGCCAGCUCGUCAAAUUUGUUAUUAGCAUCGUGUGUU